AUGGCGGAUCUCAGCAGAGUCGAGUCAAUGCAAUACCCUGCAGGACAUCUAGCGCAUCUUUCAGAAAACCAGCAAAAGCAACUGCAAGCGUUCGAGAAGCUUGCACAGGAGCAAGGCUACUACACUCCCGCCACAGAAACAGCCGAAGCUAGCCAUGAUGAUGAGACGAUGCUUCGGUUCUUACGCGCGCGUCGCUUUGUGCCGCAGGAGGCAUUCAAGCAGUUCAAGGAUACCGAGGACUGGCGCAAAGACCAGAACAUCAUCAGUCUGUUCGAGACCAUCGAGGUUGAAGAAUACGAGCAGACGCGCCAACUGUAUCCCCAAUGGCUCGGUCGACGCGAUAAACGCGGUAUCCCGCUGUACCUUUUUGAGGUCGCUCCCCUGAACUCCAAGAACAUCUCCGCGUAUGAGAAGACCCUUGCCAAGGCGAAAACAACAUCGCCUAAGGUCGCGACCAAAAACCUCCGCCUCUUCGCCCUAUACGAAUCGCUGACUCGCUUCAUCACACCUCUGUGCUCCAUGGUCACACGUCCGUUCCCCGAGACGCCCAUAUCGCAGAGUAACAACAUUGUAGACAUCAGCGGUGUUGGGCUGAAGCAGUUCUGGAAUCUAAAGAGCCAUAUGCAGGAUGCGUCAGUUCUGGCCACUGCCCACUACCCUGAGACUCUCGACCGUAUCUUUAUUGUCGGUGCGCCCAACUUCUUCCCAACCGUCUGGGGCUGGGUCAAGCGUUGGUUCGACCCUAUUACUGUCUCCAAGAUCUUCAUCUUAUCACCGAACAACGUGUAUGCAACCCUUGCCGAGUAUAUUGACCACGACAACAUUCCCAAGAAAUACGGCGGUGGACUGGACUUUGAGUGGACUCAAAUGCCAAAUUUCGAACCAGAGAUCGAGGCUGCCAUCACUUGGGAGAAGCCAGGUAUCGAGAAUGGAAGGAAGACGUUGCCAAUAGGGCCUAUCAAGUGGGAGACAGGACAAAAUGGCGAGAUGCAAGCAUGGGCAGUGGGCCGACAAAAUGGUCGGCCUCGCCGAGAACUUAUCUUCACCAUACCGAGCCCUGUAGGGUACAGAACCAAGCCAGUGGCCAACACACCAGCCCACGAGCUCGGCAGCCCCCUCACAACGGUGGGCACGGCCACUCACCCCCCAGAUGUAGACGACUCGAACAUCGACCAAUCACCACCCUCUGACUCACCCUCUCCAUCUGAGAUACGCCAGACAGAGAACGAGGCUACAGCCCACUCAGCCUCUUCGUCAACUCCUGCAAAGACAACAUUGCCUAUUCGUGAAGGCACUUCCGAGGCGCGUUUCGAGCAGCAGAAUCAGACACACGCGUCAGGUCAGCUUGCAGAGGGUACCCCGCAUGCUGCUGUGAAUGAUCAUGGGUACGGCGAUAAAACGCUAACGAUGGAGCCGAACACAGUUGGCCAGGCACCGAAGGAAAUUCCACUUCCUGAACGCGAACAGCCUCUUGCGCCUAGCUACCUUGAGCAGGCGCAGAACGCAGCUACCCAAGCAUCAGGAUAUGUGGCCUCAACUGUAACGUCUGUUGCUGGCGUUGUGACUGGUGCAGUGACAGGGAGCGCAGAGAAAAAGGAGGGGGCCAUGGAACCCCCGCGUACCAAGAGCCCUACAGAACAGCAGCUGGACAGGCAAAUUGAUGCGAGUAAGGAUCAGGAUGUGGAGGUUUUCUUGCGUGAGCAAAACAGGAGCAGGUCGUAG